UUGCGUUUGUCGGUCACGGAGCCGCUCCCGGCAGACUGAGUUCGCAAGCUUUUACAGCCGUUCGCGCUGCCGCUCUGGCGGCUGAAGGGACGAACGUGGCUAGUGUGUGAGCCUUGUGUGCAGCUCUGCUGCCGCAGCUACUUGCGUUGCGACGAGGCUUAGGGGUUUCCAUUCAGUAAGUGUGACGGAGGUGGCAGGAGGUGGGUACGCAGGGGCUUCUAGGCAAGCCUGCUUUCGUUCCGGCCGGCCGGAAGUCGCGUUUUCCUGCGGCCGCUGCAUCGCUAAGGGUGUACAAUGAAUCCCAGUAUGAAGCAGAAACAAGAAGGAAUCCAAGAGAAUGUAAAGAAUAGUCCUGUCCCUAGAAGAACUCUGAAGAUGAUUCAGCCUUCUGUUGCUGGGUCUCUUGUUGGAAGAGAAAAUGAGGUGGUUAAAGGCUUGUCUAAAAGGAAACAUUGGAGCAACCAGUUAACAUCUAAGACUUCCAGUUCUGGGGUUAUUGUCCCAGAACAUAGUGAAAAUAAAAAUUUUGGAGAAGUUAGUCAAGAAGCAUUUGAUCUUCUGAUUACAGAAAAUCCAUCCUCUCAAUAUUGGAAAGAAGUGGCAGAAAAACGGAGGAAGGCUCUCUAUGAAGCACUUAAAGAAAAUGAGAAACUUCAUAAAGAAAUUGAAGAAAAGGACAAUGAAAUUGCCCGCCUGGAGAAGGAGAAUAAAGAAUUGGCAGAAGUAGCAGAACACGUACAAUAUAUGGCAGAAGUAAUAGAGCGACUGAAUGGUGAACCUCUGGAUAACUUUGAAUCACCAGAUAGUCAAGAAUUUGAAUUUGAUUCUGAAGAGGAAACCGGUGAAGAUUCCGAAGUGGAAGACUCAGAAAUUGGUACAUGUGCUGAAGAAACUGUAUCUUCCUCUACAGAUGGAAAACCGUGUAUGUGAAAUUCAUUAAUAUUUGACUCUUGAGAAAUACACUGCCAAAGUUUACCUUGACCAUAGUUCUUUGUAGCAGAACAAAUAAUGUAAUGUAAACUUGGGAUUAAACUUCCUUGUUUGAUUCCUGGGACACUGUUGUAUUAAAAUACAAAUACUAUGUAUUUUUAAUCUAUGAUGUUUUAUGUAAGUAGCAUUUUCUCAGUUGUCAGACAUGACUUGUGUAUAUGAUAAAUAAACCAGUCUCCUAUUGAGGAUUGCAUAUGUCUUAGAAGGAUAAAGUACAAAGAGCCUACAUGGAAAAUUUAUCUAUAUCUGUGGUUUUAUAUUGUUGUCUUUCUAUUCCUCUGCUAUCUUGGAAGAAACAAGAAGAAAAUUAAUUUAUAUAUCUUUAGAGUGAGAUAAUUAAGGUCUUACUCCUAAAUCUGGUUGUACCUCAUGCUCACUGUAGGGACUAUUGAUUUCCAGUCUGUAGUGCCCGGAUACUCUUACUGAGAAGUUUUUGUAAUGGAGUAUUGAGAAUCUGGUUUCAAAGGCUCCCUGAAUGGAUCUGAUUAGCUAAGUAAAGGCUUGGCUGUCUGGCUUGAUCAGACUCUUCUUGGAAGCUUAAAAUAAUAGGUGAUGGUGAUAGUAAACUAGGGGGGUGGGGCACGUGAAAAUCCAAUUAAAAGAUGUAAGACUAAGGGUUUUGAAACUUUCUGUUCACAGAUUUCACAUAUGUUGUAGUACAGUAUAUAAUGAAGGAAUAAGAAAUAAGAGUAUGGUGAAAUUAGGGCUUUCUUUUACGUAGUGUUUUGAAAGAAGAGAAGGGCAGAAGGAAAUUGCAAAGUAUAUAGCUUUGGGAUUGAAUAUGUUCUGUGAGAAGCAUACAAGUACCAGAAUAUGAAUUGGCAAUGAAGGGCAAUGCCAGGAUUUAAAGGAUUAGUUUAGGCAAGUUAUUUAACCUUAUAGAAUUCAGUUUUCUUUAACAUCAAGAUAAACUCUACCUUGAUAUUAUUGUGAGGAUUAAAUCCUUUACUAGAGUGCCUGAACUAGAUGCUUCAAAGCUAGAAGCUAUUAGUAAUUUAUAACAUUGUCCAAUAAAACUCUGAGAUGUUGGAAAUACCUGUGCUAAUCCAGAAUGAUUAUCAGCAGUAUGUGGCUAUUGAGCAGUUGAAAUCUGGCUAGUGUGAAUAAGGAACUGAAAUUUUCAUUUAUAUUUAAGUAGCUACAUGAGGUUAUUGGCUACUGUAUUAGUACAGCUCUGUAUGUUUUAGAUAUGGGGCGCUAGCCUGAAGAUAGAAUUGAAGAAGAGAUAAGUUUUAUGUUAUGUGCUUUUGACCACAAUAAAAAAUUUAAGAAAGAAUAUUCUAGGUUGAGGGAGAGGGGAAUCAGCUGGAGGCUGUUAGGAAGAAACAGAAGAGCUAAGUAGAAUAGGAUGAUUUGGCAAAGAGAAACUAUUUCUGCGAAAUGCCACAACUGGAUUGCCAGGAUUUAGUGGUGGGGAGCAAAAGAGGAGAGGAAAUGGAUGAUUUUAAAAUACAAUGUAAGAGCUAUCACCAGAUAGUCAAGAAUUUGAAUUUGAUUCUGAAGAGGAAACCGGUGAAGAUUCCGAAGUGGAAGACUCAGAAACUAUUAAUCUUCUAGCAGAAAAUCUAGGGGUAAAAGUCUUAGUGAUAUUGAAUUUGGCAAAGAUUUCUCAAAUAGGACACAAAAAGCAUGAAUUAUAUCAGUAAACUGAACUUUGUAAAACCAAAAACUUCUCUUAGGAAGGCUCUUAAGAUAAUAAAAAGACAAACCAGAGACUGGGAAAAAAUAUUUGCCUAAUCAACAAAGGAUUUGUAUUUAUGAAGAACUCUUAAAGUUCAAUAAGUAGUAGACAACCUAAUUUUUAAAAUGGGGGCAAAAUUUGGACACUUCACCAAAAAAUAAUACAUUCAGAUGGCAAAUAAGCACAUGAAAAGAUGUCAUAGUCAGUCAGGGAAGUGCAAAUUAAACAUACAGUGAGACAUUAUGUAUCCAUCAGAAUGGCAAAGUUUAGAAAAGAAAAAUGAGACUAUACGAAGUGUCAAGGCUGUGAAGCGCCUAGAACUCUGCUGCAGUUCUAGUGGCGAUGUUAAGUGCUACAAAUGCUCUGAAAAUGUUCAGCAAUUUCUUAGAAGUUGAACAUACACAUUCCAAAUGAUUCAGCUAUUCCACUGCUAGCUAUUUACCUAAGAGAAAUGAAAGCAACACCGGAAUACCGGUCCACAGAUUUUCAUGGCUUUAUUUGUAAUAGCCGAUGUCCCAUCAGCAAGUUAAUGGAUAAACAAAUUCACAUGAAUACUACUCAGCAAUAAGAAGUGAGUAACUGCUAUGCACAAUAUGAGUGAAUCUCAGAUAUGGAGUGAAAGAAAUCAGGUAAAGUAUCUACCAUUUACUUCCAAUUAAGUAAAAUUGUAAAAUUUUAGUUUGAGGUAGAUUCGUUUCUUAGGGAUCUUGGGGUUGCUUUGGGAUUGGGUUUCAAGAGGAAAUGGGGUGACGGAUUUUAAGGUUUUAGCACCUGGGAACUGUGAUCCUAGUUGAUGGGGAAUUCGGAAGAAUUUCCUUUAGAUGAGGAGUCUGAUUUUCAAUUAGGUAUCAAAUGUCAGAACACCCCAGUCAGAGUGCCUUGGAGGCAGGGUCAGAGGUUAAUCAAGCUUGGCAAGUUAGAGUCUCUAAGUUCUUUGGAGUUCACUUAAAAAAUGCAGUCGAGCUUCUUUAAGGAAAAUGGCAAAAGAUUAAAAAUCAUUUGGAGAACGUGUGAAGCCUGGAUUAGACUGAAUUAGCUUGUGUAAGGUUAUCAUAACAUACUGCAAAGUGACCAGGGUUGAGGUGGGGGACACUAGAGGCCUAGUAACACAGAAGGAAAAAUCCUAAGUAGCAAAUUUAACCUGGUUAUAUACUAGAAGAUAAAACAUAGUGACCAAGUUGGGGUUUAUCCCAGGGAUGUAGGGCUGUUUCGAUAUUAAUAAACACCUGAAAUUCUGCAUGUUAAAGGGGGGAGAAACACGUAAUCUUAAUAGAUAAUAAAAUAGCAUUAAUAAAAGUCAACACCUAAGCUACAAAAAGAAGAAAUUUUAACCUGAUCGAAGCUCUCUACCUAUAAAGCUUAGAAAUGGUUGUAACACCAAGAGCUAGAGAAUGGACCACAAUUAUUACAAAUUCUUUUUUGAGGUCUCAGUUUGGUGCAAUAGAACCAAAUACAGAAGAUAAUUAGGGGAAGGAAAGAGAACUCAUUCACAUAAGAAAAUCCAGGAGCAACUGGAAACAAAUCAAGUAGUGGGAUUUAAAAAUAAUAAUCCUAAAUUAAUUGCUUUUCUCUAUAUCAGUAUAAACAAGUUUAAAAACAGUGGGUGUGUGAGGGGUGGUGAGAGGGAUAUGUGAAGAAAACUAAAACCUUACUAAAAGAUGGGAAAAAAGUGCUCUAAAGUUCUUGAACAUGUCAUAUUUCUUCUUGCCUUUCUCUGGGUUCUUUGUUAGAAGUAAAGAUAAAUAUGGUUAACAAAGCAAAAAUGGAAUUCAUUGAAAGCAUAUGAUGGUUCUAAGGGAGAAAACACCAGAGCAGCUCUGGGUGUCCUGUUAACAGGUGCUAAUCAACAUUGUCUUAGUGCUGACUCCGAAAUGAUUUUUCUCCCCAUUUUGCACAAGAUUCAGAGUUCCCUGAGAUAGUAAGAUUGUUAUAGCCUGGCUUAUGUUACCAGUUCUUGGGAGGGCAGGGUACCUUGGUUGAGUCUUCUUAAGACUACAACAUGGGCAAGAUAGUCCCUCAAAAGAAACUGAAGUGUUACGAGAAGAAAGAAUAGAUUCUAGUUAGCCAGGAAUCAGUAGAUGUCCACUGCACUGCCUUAGUACCCUUGCAACCUUUGCUUUGUUUAGAAAACUGGUGCCUGCCUACCCGGUCUUCUUCAAGAUAUCUCAGCUGAAUUUUAGGUUUUAGCUAUAAUUAGGUCAUUAGGUCAACCAGCAAGGAUAGGAAUUGUGUGUAAGUAAGUAUCUGAGCACCUGGGACCUCUGGAUGAGAUGACUGAAGCCUGUGUGUUGCGUAUCACCAGAGCGGUUCCUGAAGAUUACAAAUGCCAUUUGCCUGGUUCCAGCGUAACUUUCUUGCCAACACAUCUUUUGUUGACCUUCUUCCCUUUCCAGUUGCUAGUUCCUGAGGUCAUCUCCCCAAAAAGUCCUUGCCUUCAUAUUCUUACCUCAGAUUUGCUUCUAGGAGAACCCAAAUAUUGGGGGAAAAUGAACUUAAAAGGGAAGACAAAGGAAAAAAAUGUUAACUAUUGUUAAAACUUAGGUAAACCAGUUUUGAAUUCAAAGCUUAGCAUAAAGAUGCCUCAGCGUCUAAAUAUGAUGAACCUUAUGUUUUACCACCUUCAAUUUAGAUGUGUGCCAGAGACCAAAAGGGACUUUGAAUAGCACAAUAUGGCUAGGCUGCCUUACAAGCUACCCUUCUGUAGAUGAAAUGUUGACUAAAGUUUCUCUAAACAUUGUCAGAAGAGAGGCCUCAGCAGUUUCUGAUUAAAUGUUAAUUAUUAAGAUGACAUUAAAAUAACUAUUAAAAUGAGCCAGAAAAGAGUCUCACUGAAGAGAGCUAAAGAAUCAAGAGAAGAUGAGGGACAAGGGACAAUAAAGGGUACAGAAGAAAACAAAAACAAAUGUUAAGCAACUCCAUUUCUAGAAAUUAUUCCACGUAUAUACUCACAUGUGUGAAAUGACAUAUAUUUAAGGUUAUUCUUUACAACUUUGAACAACUAAAGAUUGGAAAUAAUCUAAAUGUCCACACUGCAGGCCUGGUUAUAUAAAUUAUAGUACAGUCAUACAAUGGAAUGACCUCCAAAGCAGUAGAAAAGAAUGAAUAAGAUAUAAAACCAAACCAAGAUAAAGUAUUUGUGUGUAUAAAAUGUUACUAUAAGAAAAGGGAUAUAUAUUUUCUUGUAAGUAGA